AUGCUGGCCACCGCGGGGACCUUCCUGGGCACGGCGGCCUCCUACUGCUGCUGCAUGGCCUGCCGCUGCGCCCAGAAGAAUAUCUUCGCCAGGAGCGCCCGCGCGGGCUACUGCGUGCUUUUCACGCUGGCGAUGGUCCUUGCGUGGGUGAUGCGCAACUACGCCAAGCCCCUCAUCGAGAAGAUUCCCUGGGUUAUGAGCCACGCUGCUGCUGAUGACAGCAAGUGGUUUGGCCAGCAAGGAGCUUACCGCAUCAGUUUGGGCAGCUUUAUCUUCUUUGCCCUGAUGUCACUGAUCAUGACCAACAUCAAAUACAAGAGCGACUGGCGCAACAAGUAUUUGCAGCAUGGUGGCUGGGGCAUCAAGUUCGCCCUGUGGUUGUUGUUCCUAAUCAUACCUUUCUUCAUCCCAGGCGGCCUGCAGUGGUAUGGCUGGGUGGCGCGCUUCGGGUCUGGCCUCUUCCUCAUUGUGCAGAUGAUGAUUCUGCUCGAUGCCACGGGCCUCCUGAAUGACCUCUGGUUCAGCAAGAGUGAAGAGAACCCGAAGUACAUGUACCUUCUGCUUGGGGUCACUGCCGGUUGCUACAUCGGCACCGUGGCCAUGGCUGCAGUCGGCUUCUGGAUCUUCAAACCAAGCGGUGGAGGAUCCUGCACACUGAAUAUUCUGCUGAUCGUUUGGAGCCUGCUCCUCACUGUUGGGUUCUCCCUCAUGUCCGUUCAUCCUGGAGCCACGAACGGCAGCCUCUUUCCUGCUAGUGUGAUGAGUGCGUAUUGCAUGUACCUGUGUCUGGCGGCACUGGAGAGUGAGCCCCGGGGCGAGUGCAAUGGCCUUGAAAACAAGGCCGAAUCGGCGAGUGCCAUGUUCUUUGCCAUGAUGCUUACACUGGGCGCAGUCAUCUAUUCUGCCUUCCGUGCUGGAUCCAACACCUCCACAUUCUUCACAACAUCGGAAGAUGGCGACGAGCCAACAGAAAAGCCCCUCCUUGAAGGAGCUGAAGCUGGCACGUCCGCUGGGCUUGAUGGUGAGGACGCCAAGGCCCCUGAAAUCCAGAAGGCUUCUCGUGACGACAAAGAAGGCAGGGCCAUGGACGAAUUCACGCCUGUCACCUACAGCUACAGCUUCUUUCAUGCCGUCUUUGCUCUGGCCAGCAUGUACAUGGCCAUGCUCAUGACUUCGUGGGGAACUGGGGAUGGCAGCGCCCUCAUCGAUGUGAGCUGGGCAUCUGUGUGGGUGAAGAUGGGCUCACAGGUGGUGACGGCUUUGCUGUAUUGCUGGACGCUGGUGGCCCCGAUUGUGUUCCCUGACAGGGACUUCUCUUAG